GGAGACGAUCUCGAGGUAAAGAGCAGUGAAGUAUAUAUAGCUGUAUAUAUCUGUAGAACUGCAAUAUCUGUAGAGUGUCAUCGAUCUAUACUGGUACAUCAAGCCAUAUACCACCUACCUUGCACCGAACCCAAGCCCGUCAUGUCUUCUAUCCCCUCAACUCAGCAAGCCAUAGUCCUCCCUGCAAAACGCACCCCGUUCGCCUUUCAGACGGUCCCAGUGUAUCCUCCAGCCCCCGGUGAAGUCCUGGUUCGUGUUGCCUGGACCUCUUCAACUCCUCUAGACCUUCAUCGUGCCGAUGGCGGUCUACUCAUCUCUGAGUACCCGCAGCAAAUGGGCAGUGGUGGUGCUGCUGGAAGAGUCGUGGCUGUUGGAGAUGGCGGCGACCUCAAGGGUCUGAGUGUCGGAGACCGUGUCGUUUCCUUUGCUUUCCAUGGCGGAAAAGAGGCUAAUCAUCAGGAAUACAUCACGAUUCCCGCAUAUCUUGCUUCCAAAAUCCCAGACAACGUAUCUUACCAGGAAGCGGUGACGGUCUCUGUGAAUCUCGUGACUGUCUUCCACACUGCCACUGCCGAUCUCAAACUGGAGCUUCCAUGGCCCGUACCACAAGGUUACACGCCCAAGCAAGCUGAUGACCCUAUCCUCAUCUGGGGCGCCUCGAGCAGCGUCGGUAUCUAUGCCGUCCAGGUCUUCAGGCACUGGGGCUUCAAAAAUAUCGUCGCCGUGGCAAGUGAAAAGCAGCAUGCGUACCUUCGCAGCAUCGGCGCAACCGAGACCUUUGACUAUCGGAAGCAAGAUGUUGUCGAUAAGAUCCUCCAAUUCAUCAGUGACAGAACAGAGCCCAAACUGCCUUAUAUUAUCGACUGCAUUGGUUCUCUAGAGGGCACUCUAAGGCCUCUGUCCAAGAUUGCUCAACGCGGCAGCACUGUGGCUGUUAUGCUGCCUGUCAUUCUCAAAGAUGCCACACUCGAAGAAGAGCCUGAGUAUGAGAUGGACGUCUCCAAGGUGUUGGCUGGUCAAUGGGCCGAUGGCGUUGAAGUUCGUGGUGUGCGAACACAUUUCUACCUAUCAAACGAGUUUCUCAAGGAAAAGGCUCAACCAGAGAUGGUACCCAAACUACUCAAAGACGGCGUCAUUACCCCCAAUAAGUAUCGUGCUGUGGAAGGUUCAUCGGCUGUUGAGAGGGCCCAAAAGGCAUUGGAUAUUCUGAGAAAUAAGGGAGUCAGUGGCGAAAGGCUGGUCUGGAGGAUCACUGAAGAUGAGGUGUGAAUCAGCAUCAAACACCUGUAGAUAUAGCAUUACUACUACAGAAGCAUUUAGUUGCCAUUUGUGUGUUUUCCGAAUGGGCACCAGUUCAACAAUUUUGCUUGUCAAUCAACCCGAUCCGUGAUGCCGUGGAAAGCCUGGUGAAUACCAACACCCUAACGCCUUAACUGCCGUUACAAAACAAAUGAGACUGACAUCCGUUACUUGCGCGGAAUCAACACGCAGCACCCAUCAUGAACUGAUCGAUAGCUUCUGGGCCCAUUUGCCUGUUUCAUGUCAGAUAUAAUAACAAACUUGAUAGACGAG